UUAAAGUGAAUAGAAUUCAGAUUUGACAUACUAACAGUGGAUCCACCGACAAAGACAGGCAGAACAGUUCUAGUGGAGUAGGACAGACCGAUUCAACACGCAAUAAAUAAAUAAAUAAAUACAAGAGCAACAAGAAAAGCAAAAAGCAUGACUUAGUUAAAAAGAAAGAGCAAUAUCAGUGAAGAUACAGCUAUUGUUCAUUGUGUUGCCUGUCAUUAAGAAAUAAAUAAUUUUACUGUAAUUAUCUUUGGAAAACCUGCAUAGUUCACAAAAUUAAUUUCGAGAAAUUAUAGCUACAUUAACUGAUAUGUUAAGAAUUCAAUGUUUAUGAAAAGGAGACUACGAACUUCACGCUGAAUAGGCAAUACCACCAAAUAGGCUGCGUAGUUUAGUUAUAGUAGCUUUCACAACACUGCACAUAUACCAUACUGCUACAAAAAGGCGGUCGGUGACCUUGUGACUCUGGUAAACUAUUCGUGCCUCCCGUUGCGAACGUCAAAGUCACCUGCUCCGCCAGAGAGAAGGAAAGCGGAUAACGGGAACCCGCACGAGACCGAAUGGUUUGAAGACGACUACAAAGGCAAACCGUGAAGCACCGAACAUCAUUAGAUCCUAUCCUAAGAAGCAAUUUAAUACUGUGCAACAAUAUUCUGAAGAUUUUUAUUUUUAAUUUCAAAACUCAAGAAGCCUACACUUGUAUCGUAGAUGCAUUUCUGCAUUCAGUUGAGUUUUUGUUGGAAAAUCAAACCCAUCAUCUAGGGUACUUAACAACACCUGUUUAUUAAAAACGGAAUCAAUAUCGGGUCUUUGAGAUUGCAAUCAUUCUUUGGCGCGCUGUCGGCUGAGGAAAGCAGCUCUGCGCGCGGCACAGCAGGUUAAUGCAGGACUAUGCGGGAGAGAGACCGGUCGUCUGCAGGCACUUUCCAGCAGACAGUAAGAUAUACCAGGUGACUUGCCAGAAAACAAGUCUGUCCCCCAGUGCUAAGAUGAGCCUGUCUCCGGCCAGGGGCGGGGCCUGCCCGAACGGCUCUCCCAUUGGCUGCAGCGAGGUGCCCACGGAGGACAUGCAGGCCCUGGCCAUCGCCGCCCUCUCUGCCACCGACAUCCAUGAGCAGUACGAGCACAUCCGCCAGCUAGGCAAGGGCACCUAUGGCAAGGUGGACCUGGUGGCACACCGGACCGAGGGUACAAAGCUGGCCCUGAAGUUUGUGAAUAAGGACAAGACCAAGCUGCGCAGUUUCCUGAGGGAGUACAGCCUCACCAGCGACCUGGGCUGCAGCCCCUUCAUCAUCAAGGUGCUGGACGUCCUGUUUGAGACAGAGGAUGCUUACGUCUACGGCCAGGAGUACGCCCCCGCCGGAGACCUGUUUGACAUCAUCCCACCCCAGGUGGGCCUCCCGGAGGAGGUGGCGAAGCGCUGCAUCCGGCAGCUGGGCCUGGCGCUGGACUUCAUGCACGGGCGGGGCCUGGUGCACCGCGACGUCAAGCCCGAGAACGUGCUGCUGUUCGACGGCGAGUGCCGGCGCGUGGCGCUGGCCGACCUGGGCAUGGCGCGGCGGGAGGGCAGCCGGGCGAAGCGCGUGAGCGGCACCGUCCCGUACACGGCGCCCGAGGCCUGCCGGGCCGGCCGGGGGGGGGACGGCGGCGGCGUCCCCGUGACGCGUGGCCAGGACGCCUGGGCCUUCGGCGUGCUCAUCUUCUGCGCGCUGACGGGCAACUUCCCCUGGGAGGCCGCCCUGCCCUCCGACGCCUUCUACCGGGAGUUCUGCCGCUGGCAGCGGGCACCGGGGGGCGGGUCCUCCGGCCAGGGGGGCGGCGGCGGGGGUGAAGGCGGCGGCGGCGGCGGCGUCCCCUCGCAGUGGCGGCGGUUCACGGGCGACGCCCUGCGGAUGUUCCGGCGCCUGCUGGCCGUCGAGGCGGAGGAUCGCUGCGCCGUCACCGACGUCUUCCGCUUCGUCGAGUUUCAGCUGGUCAGCGAGCGACGCCGCCAGCCCUCCUGCCGCAGGAAGCGCUCGGAGUGGAGCGCGGGCUCCUCUAACUCCUCCUCCUCCUCCUCAUCAUCUUCCUCAUGUUCUUCCUCCUCCUCCUCCUCCUCUACACAUUUCAACCACAAGCACCCCGAACCCUUGACCCCGCCUUCCUCCGCCUCCGCUUGCCUCCACCCCGCCCCCUUCAGGCGAAGUGUCCCCUCGGACCCGCGUCCCAACGCCCAUCACUCACCUGGUCGUCAGAAGAAGGGCAAAGGUCAAAUGGUGAUGGCCACCGCGAUCGAGAUCUGCGUGUGACAGAGAUGGGCAGGCGUGGUGGCAUAGUCUGGGUCAUCCCAGCUAUUGUUACACCUCCCCCUCUACCCUCCACUACAGACAAUAGCCAUCUUGACCAGGACUCCCUGGCAGAAGAGAUAUUGUAUCUCAGUGAGACCUUUCUGGUUAAAUAAAGGAUAAAACCAAAAAAAAUUGUGGGAGUUUUGGGUUACCUAAAACAGGAGUAUGGGUGUUGGGACUGCUCGAAGCUGAAGACCAAAUUUUGACUACGCUCAACCAGCUCAUAGAGUACAGCUCCCUGUUUUAUUCUCACAUUUGCUGUUUUUUUAAAUUCUGGACAACAUUCCAAGGUUGGAGGACUAUCUUUGUCUGGGUGGCUUGAUGAAACGCUCCUGAGCAGAACACGCAGCAUAGUUCACCCUCUCACCCCUCUGUGGUUCACUCUCUCACCCCUCUGUGGUUCACUCUCUCACUCCUCUGUGGUUCACUGUCUCACCCCUCUGUGAUUCACCCUCUCACCCCUCUGUGAUUCACCCUCUCACCCCUCUGUGGUUCACUCUCUCACCUCUCUGUG